CUAGACAUUUACCAACUUGUAAUACAUAAAGUGGAGUAGAAAGCAGCAAUCUAUACGAUACUAAAGAGCAAAUGAAAGAAACCCAUCCCAGGAAGGAAGAGAGAAAGCUCUACAGAAGCACCUACUGAGAUGGCAGAAGCCUCGGUGGACACCUCAACUCCACCCGCAACAGUAAAGAAGAAGAAAAGUCUGUCCAUUGAGGAGAAGAUUGAUAUCAUAAAUGCGGUGGAAAGCGGCAAGAAAAAAGCAGAGAUUGCAGCUGAGUAUGGGAUAAAGAAAAAUUCAUUGUCUUCUAUUAUGAAGAAUAAGGACAAAGUUCUAGAAGCCUUUGAAUCUCUGAGAUUUGAUCCAAAGAGAAAAAGACUGAGAACUGCUUUUUACACAGAUCUGGAAGAGGCAUUAGUGAGGUGGUAUCGAAUUGCUCAGUGUCUAAAUGUACCGGUUAAUGGUCCAAUGUUGCGUCUAAAAGCUAAUGAUUUUGCCCAGAAACUGGGACAUAAUGAUUUUAAGUGUAGUAAUGGUUGGCUGGAUCGUUUUAAAUCCAGGUAUGGUUUAGUAUUCAGGGCACAACCUGAAGAAGCCACAGGUACAUCAGUAGACCCUUCAAUUGUCUGGCACCAAAAUAUACUUCCCUAUUAUUUAAAUGAUUAUCAUCCGAAAAAUGUUUUUAAUGUAAAAGAGACUGGACUGCUUUAUCGAAUGUUGCCUACAAAUACAUUUGCAUUUAAAGGAGAAACAUGCUCAAUUGGAAAGUUAUGCAAAGACAGGGUAACUGUGGUGGUUGGUACAAACAUGGACGGCUCAGAGAAACUUCCUUUGCUCAUUAUUGGAAAAAACCCAAGUCCACAUUGCUUCAAAGGUAUAAAGUCAUUGCCUGUGGAUUAUGAAGCUAACAGAAUGGCAUGGAUGACCUCAGAUAUAUUUGAACAAUGGAUGCAGAAGCUCGAUGAGAAAUUUCAAGCCCAGCAACGAAGAGUGGUGAUUUUUGUUGAUUCUUUUCCUGCACAUCCAGAGGUAAAGAACCUAAAGUCCAUUGAGUUAGCAUUCUUUCCAUCAUGUUUAUCUUCCAAAUUUAUAGCUAUGAAACAAGGUGUUAUUAAAAGCCUUAAAAUCAAAUAUCGACAUUGCCUUAUCAAGAAAUUUUUAAGCUCUGUUGAAGGUAGCAAAGAAUUUACGUUUUCGCUAUUAGAUGCAGUUGACACAUUGCAUCUCUGUUGGAGGGCUAUAACCCCAGAGACUAUCAUUAAAAGCUUUGAAGAAGCAGGGUUCAAGUCUCAGAAGGGAGAAGAUGACCCCCCAAGUGCAGGCGGUGACACUGGUCUUGAUCUGGUUCCGCAUGCUCUGGAGGCAGGAGUGGAACUUCCGGAAGGCUUGUCUGUAGAGGAGUAUGCUGCCCUGGAUGACGAGCUGGAGGCCUGCGAACGGGCUCCGGACGGCGGCUCAGAGUGGAACAAGGAACGGAAAUCAGACGAAACUGGAUUUGAUACUUCUGACGAAGAGGACAUCAGUGAGCCUCUAGAAACACAACCCUCCUUACCAUCAAAAACUGAAGCAACAACUGCUUUAAAUACUCUUAAAAGAUUUCUUAGAAGUCAAGAUAUGAAUGAUGGCCUUCAUAAUUCUUUAGCAGACCUUGAAAAUUUUAUUAACUCCAUAUCACCUAAGUAAUUACUUAUUGUAGAGCAUCUGAAGAGUAAUAGUUUUCCUGAUGUAUUUUAUUAUGUAAGGUAUGUA